CAGAUCUCUACGCAUCUUUUUUCCUCCCAUCUGACUAUUCAUCAUUGACUGACCAAGAUGGGGCUGUCCUUUACCAAGCUUUUCAGUCGCCUUUUUGCCAAGAAAGAAAUGCGCAUUCUUAUGGUUGGUCUCGAUGCUGCUGGUAAAACCACAAUUCUGUACAAGCUCAAGUUAGGUGAAAUUGUCACGACCAUUCCCACCAUUGGUUUCAAUGUGGAAACUGUUGAGUACAAGAAUAUCAGCUUUACGGUAUGGGAUGUCGGAGGUCAGGACAAGAUUCGGCCAUUGUGGAGGCACUAUUUCCAAAACACACAGGGUCUUAUCUUUGUGGUUGACAGCAAUGACAGAGACCGUGUUGUUGAAGCACGGGAUGAGCUUCACAGGAUGUUGAAUGAGGAUGAAUUAAGAGAUGCUGUACUACUUGUUUUUGCUAACAAACAAGAUCUCCCAAAUGCAAUGAAUGCUGCAGAAAUCACCGACAAGCUUGGUCUUCACUCUCUUCGACAGCGCCACUGGUAUAUCCAAAGCACAUGUGCCACAUCAGGGGAAGGGCUAUAUGAGGGAUUAGAUUGGCUUUCAAACAACAUAGCAAACAAGGGUUAGUGCAACUUCGGAAUGGUUGCAUCAGUUUUAUCUCAAGUAAUAGGUGUUGAACACCUUUUAUCUCCAUAAGUUGUAGGUUUUCGUGUUUUUGUUCAGCAUUUAGAUUGUGGGGAGAAAUUCCCACCUUCAUAAAUAACGGUUUCUUGCUUUUUUCAGUAUUUUGUAUGAAAUAACACCACAUUGCAGUCCUAUUAAUUUGCUGUUACUGUGAACUCUGGUACUUUGUGUGAUUCAUAUAUACGCAAUUAAUGUAUCACGACUUGGUUCUUCAAAUGAUUGGCAAUAAUCCCCUAAAAAUUAGAUUUUGUCGAUUGAUGCGCAUGAAUUAAUAACUAUUGAGGCAUGGUAUUGAUAUGGAAGAUUUGAACAUUCAUUU